GGGUAGAGAAGGCAGGGGUGGGGUGAGAGUGGUCAAGCAACUUUUCAGCACUGCAUGCAACGCGUUGACCUAGAUAGGACCCAAGAGAAGCUGCGAGGAGCCCUCACAGAAGACCCAGCUUAAAGCCUGGGGAGUUUGCAAACAGGGUUCCGGGUAGCUAUUCUAGAGCCAAAAUAGAUCCCUUCAAAAGACAAGGGGGAGCAGGGCAAGCGGCUAUGAUGUGGCCAAAUUUUUUCCUCCAUGACGAGGAGCAGCGCAUGGGGGGGCGCACGCGGGCAGGGGUCAAGCGGCGCAAGGUCCUGACGGACGAGCAAGAGGGCAAGAUCAAGCUGGCCUUCUUCGUGGCCAUCGUGGGUAUGACCCUGACAGUGCUGGCCGUGGGCACAGAAUUCUGGGUGGAGCUCAACACCUACAAGCAGAACCAAACCCUCGUCUGCGAGGCGGCCCACUAUGGCUUGUGGAAGUUUUGCCACAAGAAACUCUGGAUGGAUGUUGUGGAGGAGGAGAGGGCUACCUGUGGACCUGCAGAGCUGCCUGGAGAAGCCAACUGUUCUUAUUUCAAAUUCUUCACUACUGGGGAGAAUGCUCACAUCUUCCAGAGGACUACUAAAAAAGAACUGAACAUCACGGCAGCCAUUGUGUCCCUCGUCAGCAUCACCCUAAUGGCCAUGGGGUCCCUCUGCAUCACGGUGGCUCUGAGCAAAGGGGUUGAAUUUCUCCUGAAACCAGCAUCUUGCUUCUUUAUCAUAUCAGGCAUUAUGGUGCUCAUAUGUCUGGAGGUUUUCCGGCACUCGGUUCGGUGGCUUAUCAGCUCGGAUGAGACCAUCCCACUGGAGUACGAGUAUUCCUGGUCCGUGGCUUGUGCAGCGGCGGCUGGGGCUAUCCUGAUCUUUGGCGGAGGCUGCUUUAUCCUUUUGUCCACCCCUGGCUUGCCCAAAAGGCCCUGUGAAUACUGCAUGAAAAGCCGCAGCAGCAGCAGCACUUCCUAAAAACCGUACGGGAGAGAACCCCAAAGUCUCUCUUUCUCUCAUUCUGCCAACAAACAUAUUCACACACACACACACACACCACAAAACAUACAUAUACCUCCACCCACCCCUAGGGGGCAGAAAGAACCGACCUUCUCCCUCCUACAUGCCUGCCCUCUUUCUCCAUCCUCUGGACUCAAGUUUUCCCCCUUCCCUGUUUUGUGACUUGUAAAUAGAACCUCUAGUGCUUGUUUUGUUUUAGAUUGGUGGGGGGGUGGCUAUGAGGAAAGGGCUCUGCUUGUGAAUGAGGGGACAGCUGUGCUAAUGAACUGAGAAAUUACGAGGGGAGGGAGGAUAAAGGGCUGUAUUUUAAACCCAGUUUUUAUAAAUGGCUAUUUAUAGCUCAAUGGA